AUGUCCGUCCGCCGGUCGCAACCCAUCCUUCGGCUGCUGUGCUUGGCUGCUUUUGCCUUUGCCCUGCAGCAGCUUGGCUCGGCCUUCGUGGCUCCGGCGUCCCAGAGAGGCCUGCGCAUGAAAUCAGUGGUGACGAAGGCGGAGGCAGAAGCGAAAGAACAGACGCCCGCUGACGACGAGGAAGAAGAGAAGAUCUUCGAUGACACCUGGAUUUGA